UCUCCUUCUGCAACCUCUCGGCAUGGAGCCUUCAAUUUGACAACUUAACUUCUUUAUUUUUCUGCUUCUGUGUCUCAAUUCUGAAGAGUCGCUGCUUUGCUCUGUGAGCUCUCUCAUUUUCUCUACCAGCCACAUCAACGUCUGCUUCUGCAACAAUCAGUGCCCGAUCGAAGAAGAAGAAGCAAUGCUCACAUCAAAAUCCAAAUCUAGCAUGUCAGAUUCGUCUAGUAACAAAAGCACACCCGCAACCCCUAGGGUUAGUAAAAUUGGGAGGCCGGGAUCUGCCAAGGUGGAGCCUAAUUCGCCUUCUCCGCUGCAAAACCCACGUCCUUCAGUCGAACGGUCACCGAGAUCGGUUAAUUCGAAGUCUACUGCUGAUCGCCGCUCGCUCGGGAUCAGCACUCCUCCCGAUAAGCAUCCACGGCCAUUGAGGGGAUCGGAGCUCCAGGCACAACUUACUCUAGUGCAGGAAGACCUGAAGAAGGUGAAGGAAAAAUUGGAUUUUGAAGAGAAGGAGAAGGCUCGAGCUCUUGAAGAGCUGAAGGAAGCAAAAAAGGCAGUGCAGGAGGCAAAUGAGAAGGUGGAGGACGCUCUCCUUUCUCAGAAGCUUGCUGAGGAGAGUUCAGAACUUGACAAGUUCCGUGCUGAUGAAGUAGAGCAAUCAGCAAUUGAAGCUGCUCAGAAGAGGGAGGAAGAAUGGCUGGAAGAGCUUGGAAAUGUCAGAAAUCAGCAUGCUUUUGAUGUUGCAGCACUGCUUUCUGCAACGCAAGAGCUUCAGAGGGUGAAGCAAGAGCUGCUGAUGACUACUGAGGCAAAGAAUAGCGCACUAGGCCAUGCUGAUGAUGCUAUGAAGAUUGCUGAGAUCAAUCUAGAGAAGAUGGAAAUGCUAUCUGGAGAAGUCAGCCAUCUUAAAUCCUUGCUCGAGUCUGAGCAUGAAAGCCAUUCCAAGGAGAUGGCAGAGAUGAUCAAUAAGUUUGAUUCUGAGGCUGAGGUUUUGAAGAUUGAACUUAGAAAGGCAAAGGAUGCUGAGGAGAAGCUGGUUGAUGUGGAAGCAUUAGUUGAAAUGCUGAAGGUUCAGGCAUUAAAUGCAAAGAUAGCUGAAUCAAAUGCACUUUAUCUUGUAGAUGAGCAGAAGAAGAAGUUAGAGCUUUUAGAAUCUCAGUUGGAGGAAGCCAGUAUUUCUGAAAGCACGGUGAAUUAUUCACUUGCUUUGGUGAUGAAGCAGCUAGAAGAAAAGGAGGUUGUGUGUAAUGAUGCCAAAUCCGAAAUUGAAUCUCUCAAUGUCAAGGUUGAAGGUUUGGAGCUUGAGGUAGCCAGGCAUAAUGAAGAUCUUAAAGAAUCGGAUCAAAGACUUGAUUUGGCAAAGCAGGAAAUUUUGAAUAUGGAAAAGAAAGCUGAAUUGAUAAAGUUUGAGAUCCAAAAAGCGGAGGAGGAGAAGGAAAACGCACUGAACAACGAGAAAAUUGCAUGUUUUAAUGUAGAAAGCCUUACCCAAGAAAAUAACAAGCUUGCAGUUGAGCUGGAGAUCACUAAAGAGGAAUUAGGCAAAGCUAAGAAGUCUAUGGAAAGCUUGGCUUCUGCAUUGCAUGAAUUAUCUAUGGAAUCCAGGGACACUCAAGAAAGGCUUUUGAUUAAGCAAGGCCAGCUUGACAUUGCCUCUGCUGAGGCAGAGGAAUUGAAAUCAGCCCUAAAAAAUGAACAAGAAAAGCAUGAGCAAAUUCUUGAUGAAGCCAAACAUGAGAUUGUUUGUCUUAAAAAAAACAUUGAGAAAUCUGAAAAAGAAACGAAAGAGUUGAGAAUUGAAUGGGAUCUGAAGGAGCAUACUCUAAUCUCUGUCAUUCAGAAAUCAGAGGAAGAAAUUGCUUCCAUCAAACUACAUAAGGACAAUGCUGUUGAGGCAUUCGAGAGACAGAAGGAUGAAGUAAAACUAGCAGAGGAAGAGGCGUGUAAGCUUCAAGAUAAAAUGAGGCUAGUUGAAAAAGAGUUAGUUGCUACCAAAAAAUCCAUGGAAGAGGUGAUGGCUGAGACUUCAAACUUGAAAGAAAGGUUGCUGGAUAAAGAGAAUGAACUUCAGAACAUAACUCAGGAGAACGAUGAACUCCAGAUCCGUGAAGCUGCCGCUUUGGAAAAAAUUAAAGAGCUUUCUGAAUUGCUUACUGAGUUAAGAACCAGUAAGAGUAACGAAAAUGGUGAUGUAAGAGGAAACAGGGAAAAUGGGGAAAACGGAGAACUGUCAGAGAGUCACGCAGAAUUUGAUUUACUUCCACUGCCCACAGUUGACAUGCAAGAGCAAACUGAAACCAAAACAGAAGAAUCAGGAAUUCCUAACAAAGGUGAAGAAAUCCUCAGGAAGGAUACAAAAGUAGUGGAGAUUGAUGAUGCCAAUGGUAAUACUGAGGAAAAUCAUAAUGGACUUGGAAAUUCUGAGGAAGAGGAGUCUGUAAAGAUGGAUGUCAAGCUUUUUGAAGCUGAUAAAAUUAGAGCCAUUGAUAAGCAACUUUCUUCGGAGAGGGAAGACAAUACUGAAUCAGUGGAUGAUGAGCCUGAGUCAAAGAUCGUAAACAACAACCUUUAUUAUGUCAAUGAAGAGAAUGCUAAUAAUGGCAACAACACGUCCCUAGACAAGCAGCAGCAACAACAACAAAAGAAAAAGAAGGCAUUGCUACAAAAAUUUGGUAAUAUGCUGAAGAAGAAAAGUAAUCCCAAGUAGCUGGUAAGCAUUGCCAUAGUUCUAGCUUGUGCGGUCUAAAAUUUGCAACAAUAGUAGUAACUUUAUAUAUAUAUAUAUGAAGCUUGCUUGUUCUCCCUACCGAGUUAUGUUUGAUAUGAGAUCGUCUUCUUGUAUUUUUCAAACUUUCAACUGCAGUUCCCGAUUGGAUUAAAACAUAUAUGCACAAUCAUUUGAUUGUAAUUACAGAAUUUUCUUUUAGUAAUUUGUACUAACUGUAUGAAGAUUUUUG